AUGGACAUGUGCAACUCGCAUUCUGAUCUGGUCGCUUGCUACUUAAAGAAGUAUGGUUUAUGCUCCAUCUCCCGUCUUUGUGAGCUCUACCAGGCUGAAACUCGGCGUUCCAUCCGACGUCGUCUUCUUUUAAUACUUGCUGCCUGCUGUGCUGCCCAGCCAGCCUGCUUGCCCAUCUGUCUGUUUUCAAUUCUACCACUUGAAUUACUACGCGAGAUCUCCUCUACAAGGAUUGGUUAG